AUGUCCGAGCCGGAACCUAAAUUACAUUUUGUUUGUUCGGAUAAUGGUGACUGUUUAAUUUUAGAAAUCAAUGAUAAUAAUUUUUGGCUUAUUGUCGAUGGAUCUCCAGAUUAUCAAAAUUCGAGAAUAGCGGUUCUUAAACGUCGUGUAACAGCAUUUAAAGGGAUUAUUAUAACAAGCGUACACAAAAACCAUCUUGAUGAUAUCACUAAACUUUUUACCGAAUUCUUUCCGAUAAAGAAUGAUAGUGAUAAAGAAUUCCAAGAUCUUGAUUAUAUCAUACUUACCGAGGAAUUUAGAGAUACGCCGAUUGUUAAAAUUUUUAAAAAAUAUGAAUUUGAGGAAAUUCAUGAAUUAAACGAUAUCCAUAUUAUUAAAAAUUCUUCUUAUAUAAAAGGUUUUUUCCAUAAAAAUGGAGGUCCUUUAAUUUUUAGGCGUAAAAAAAAUGGUGAAAAAGAAGAAAGCUUGAGUAUUGCCAGUUAUAUUCCAGUUCCUGCAAAUAUUACUGUGCCUAAGAUUGUGUCUGAUUAUGUGAAACCUGUGACUGAAUAUGUGAAGCCCGUGACUAAAUAUGUAGUAGAAUUUUAUAAAUCUGAAAAAAUUGAUAAUGAAACAUUUUCAGAGCCAUCUAUAAAACCUAUCAUCGAACACCCUUCGAAUAUCCAAAACUAUAAAUCUGAUAUGUCGGUAGACAUUUCGAGUAUAAUUACAUAUUUUCAGCAUACUCUAAAAGACGGAAGUAUCAAAACAAUGUUCCUCGCUAGCGAUAACGAAAUUUCAUGGAUUUUAGAAAUACUAAAGAUAAAUUUAAGAGAAUAUCGAAAAAAGAUUUUACAACCUGAUAAACAUCCAGAUUCAUUACAAUUUAAUGAACGCCUCUCUAUAGAUCUGUUCAAAGUACCAAAUCAUGGCUUAAGAAUUAAUUCCAUCAUUGCGGAAACUUAUGUUCCUAAGUACGUUAAUCAACAAUUUACUUUAAUGAUGAUUCUGUAUUAUGGUAAACAAUUUAAUUUUCAUGAUAAUGAUGACAAAGCAGAUAUUAUUGCAGAUUUUGAACAUAUGUUUAACCUUACAAAUUUUGAAUUAUUCGAAGAAGCAGCCUUAUCAAAAGGAUAUCUAACAUCUGUUUUUGAUUCGACAUCUAUUAAAGUAUUUUUAAAAUAUAUGGCAGACGCUCUGGUGAUUAACAAUAUGACAGAGGAUGAUGUUGAUUGGAAAUGGGAUGAAAUAAAUUGGCCCGAGAUUGGAAGGAAAUUUUAUGAACUUUACAAAAUCAAUCAAAAUAGUGACCCAGUUAAUUGGAAAAAAUAUGAUUUUAUUAAAAAUAGAGAUAAUAUUAAUGAGGAAGAACUUGAACGGUAUUUUAAUAGCAUAAAGAAACGAAUUUAUAAAAAUUUUGAUAUGAUCGUCAUUUGUACAAACCAGGGAGAUAAAAUUGAGCAUAGAUCACAAUAUGCUAAAAAUUUAAAGCCAUUGUUAAAUUCAAUAUGGAAUUGUUUAAAUUUAUCUCCUCUGGCAUUUCAAUACAUUGUCUCUUCUAUCUCAAAUUUUUACGAGUCUUUUGUCGCAAAGACUUAUGUUAUCUCCUCUGAAUCAAGACAUGGCCACCCGGAUCCUUUAACCAUUGUUGGAAUUGCAAAAUCUAUAUUAGAAGAUUCAAAUAAAGAAAGAAAUGCAACGAUUUUAUUGAUCAAUGAGUCCAAAAUCAAUAUGAAUUUACUUGCUACUACCAUAAAUAAUUUAUUAAAAAAUCAAUCAAUCGACAUUAAUGAUAAACUAUAUCAAAAUCAAAAUAUUAAGGUUUAUGCCAAUUGUGGGAAAACUUAUGAAAUUAGCGUUAAACUUUCUAACGAUACACCAAAUUACUCCAAGAAUGCUACGCUAUUGCGUUGGGAUACUGAAGAAAGAGAGGAAGUGAAGAAAAUAUAUAAUAUUCUUAACUCUAAAAUUCCAAACCAUCCAACCGGUAAAAACACUGAAUUUCGUGCAAAGAUUUCAGGCGAAGAAUCAUGUCUAUGGCUCGGUGUUAACGAUAAAGGCGAUUUGAUACCAUUUGAAGAACCUACUACGUUUUUAUUAUCUAAUAUACCACCUAUUGAUCAAUAUUUAUAUAGAAUAUCUAACAGCAAAAGUAACUUUAUUGUUAAAUUUGAAUGGUUAGAAAAAAAUAGAUAUGAUAAUUUUUAUUUAAUGGAUUUAGCAUUAGAUACUGGAGAGGUUCUUUAUUACGCUAUUGAUAAUUCAACACCCUCUCCAACACAAUUUAAAAAAUUGCCUACUAACGAAGGUGCACUUGUAUUUAAAUACGAAAAUCAAUCAGAUUAUCAAAAGAAAGGUCAAACCUUAGAAUCUCUCUUGAAGGAGCUUGGAGAGUAUAAUAAUAGUUUAAUAUUGAAUGUCGCUAAUGCAGUUAACUAUUUAAUGGGAUCUUCUAAUGUCGAAAGAGUGUUCAAAUCUCCUAUUUGGCUCAAAAUGUUGUCUUAUGAAAUAGACCUAGAAUCUGAAGUCAAAUGGGAAAUUACCAAAGAUAAAUUGCUUGAAAUAAAAGAUGCUGCAAUAAAACUAAAAAAAUCAGAGCUGCCAAAACUUCCCUCAGAUCUUUCUCCAAUUCUUCCCACUCCUUGUAAAGUGACAGAUGCGUAUAUCAAUGUCCAAAAUCCAAGGCUUGAAGGAAUGAAGACAAUCAUAAGAAUUGACACAGUUGACAAAGUUGACACAGAUGAUAAAUCAAAAAAUACAUUUAUUCGAGAACCAGAAGUUUCUAAAUUGAGAUCUAUUUUUGAUUAUCUUUUAAACACAGGCGUUCAGCAAGAAGAUUGGAAUCUUACUUUAGGCUAUUUGUGUUUUUUAAUGAUGCCUCAGUUUUCCGUCAUACCAGAAUUCUUAAAAAUUCCACUCCCAUUUAUAUCAAAAACCUCGUUAUUAAAUUGUAAAGUAAAUAAGGAAACUUCGGAAGUUGAUUUUCUACCUGGUCCUACCGGGACUAGAAUAAUUCAAUCUAAAUUCUUUUUAGAAACAGAUGGCAAAUUAGAUUUUCAGCUUGAAAAAAUUUCAAUCUCACAAAUAGCUGAUAUCAAAGUUGUUAUUAAUGAUCCAGAUGCUGUUAAUACUAGCCCAAGAAUAACCGUCGAUGCUCAUGCAAGAAUUGGAAAUAAUAUUUCUGGAAGAAUAUUUACACAGAAUGAUAAUGAACAAUUCUUUUUGCUGAAAUUUGAUAAUAAUAUAAAACUCGCUCAAAUUGCAGCAGAUGUUCUUGGCAUAGAGAAUGUAUUUGAUAAUUUAAAGGUUCCUCUAUAUAAGAAAACCUUGAAAGACUUUUUGAAUAUAGAAGGUAUUGAUAAAGAAUUUUGUCUAUCAUUUCGUCCAAUAUGCGAACCUCCAACAAUGAAUUUUAAGCUUAAAGAAAUUCGAAUCUCUGCGAAUAACUUUCCUCAAAUACAAAAAUCUAUGUUACCAAAUCAAUUUUCAGAAUUGGAAAAAACACACAAGUCCAUUGUAAUUUCCAUAUUAAACCCAUUAGAUAAGGAAAAUAUAAUGAUUGGUAUUGAUAUAAAUUUUGAUAUUUUAAUUGCUGGUAAAAAACUUUUGGCCAACCUUUCUUACAUACCUGUUAAAGAAACGGAGCAAAAAUAUACAACAAUCAAGUAUGUAAUUUCAAUCAAAUCACAAAACUCUGAUUGUAGCUUGAAAGACAUAUUAAAUGCUAUCAGGUUAAAUGAAAAAUUCGAAAAACUUAAGGAUGUCGCACCGAUGCUCGGGAAUCCUAUAUUUAACGAAUUAGAAUCUGUCAUAUUUAGAAGUAUUUACCUACAAGUUAAAAGUAGCUUGAAUAGUAAUACUUCUUAUGAAUUUGGUGAUUUCGAACUUGGUAUCACAAUUCCUAGCUUCAUAAUUAAAAAAGAUGUUAUAGAAGUUGAAAAUGCGAAUAUAAAUCUAGAAUACCGCGAUGAGCAAUGGUCUGGAAAAAUUAAAAAUAUGAUUACAACAAAAAAUGACAUGUCUAGUUGUCUUAUUGAAUAUAUGUCACCAACAAAAGAAAGUUUUGGAAGCUUGCUAAUUAAAAACUUUCCCAUGCAUCUUACCUUAAGUAAAAUUCUUGAAAUUCUUCAGCUUAAUAUCAAUUCUAAGAUUCCUGUUCUUAAUGAUUUAUUUGAACAUGCAAUCAUUUCGGAAAUCAAUAUUAGUUUGGCCAAUUCUGAUACUUUAGAUUUUAUCGUUCAAGAAUUAUCCAUCGUACUUGAAGCUACUGGAUUCGAUUUUGGGUAUUUGAAUAUUAAACAAUUAAAGAUAUGCAUCUCUUACAAUUCAGACAUAUGGAAAUUUAGUAUUGAGGGAAAUGUUAGCUCAAUGGCAGCAAAGUUAAUUUAUGACAAUGAAAAGCGUCAAAUCCAUGCUACGUUAAUUCCCUUUAAGAAUAAGUCACUCACAGAAACUGUUAAGUUGCUAACAGAAGAAACAAUUCCUAAUGAUUCAAUAUCAAAAUUAAAUAUUGAUUCGGUAAACUUGGUAUUCAAUAUUGAUGAGAAAUGUAUUGAAAGUUUUUCAAUUGAAUUGAAAGGAAUUGUAUAUUUUGAAAAAGUUGCUCUGGAUAAAUUAUCAUUCAAAUAUAAUAAAACGGAGAAUGAUAAAAAAUCAAUAAAACCUUAUUCGAUAUUUACAUUAGAGGCCAUUAUUUCUCUUAAAGAUGAUGAGAAUAUUGCCGCCAAGAUAUUAUUAAACUAUAUUAUCAAAAAUACAGAAAAAACUAUCAAAGGCUCAAUCUCACCGCAUAAAAAGCCUCUUAAGCUGUCUGACGUUUUAAAACUUCUUACAGGACAACAAUGUAAUUUGCCAAAAAUAUUGCCGAAUUUACCAAAUUUACCAAAUUUCGAUGUUUUACAAAUAGAAAAAGAAAAUUCUAUAACAAUCUCAAUAAAACCAUUUCAAAUUAUCAACUUUAACAUUUCAGUGCAAACCAAAAAAUAUACAUUAUUAAAAAAUCCUUUAUUGGUUUUAGAACCUGUAGGAAUAUCAAUUAGCUAUGAUCAAAUGAAGGAUGAAAAACUCGAAGGAAAAUUAUAUGGCAUAUUUACUUUGAACGAUGGUGAUACAAAACUUAAACUGGUAAUUGCUGGAUCAAAAACUUCUAAUGAAAAAACCUUCAUCGCAAAUGUGCAUGCUAUCAAAGGUGAAUAUUCAGUCAAUAUUUCAGAUUUCAUUAAUACUCUGAUGAAUAAUGAUGAAUGGUCAGUUCGAAAGCCUGAAGAGAUGAAAUCACCUCAAUUUAUUGUAAAAUCAUCAUCAAAUGAGAUAAAUGAAACAAAUGAGAUUGAAACAUAUCUUUACUUGUGCCUUGAUAAAAAUGACACGGCCGUAGCAUUAUAUAUGACAAUUGAAUCAAUUGGAAACGCAUUACUUUUACUUAAACCAAAUACAAAAUCUUUUGCUAAUAGUAAAUGGAAAUAUUUAUUUGCAUUAAGAACUUUACCGAAUUUGAAAUUUGAAAUUCUAUUUGAUUCAAAGAUAGUAUCCAAUAUAGAUAAUGUGUUGCCUUUAACUCAGAGCAACCUCAUACUUGUAUCAUAUCAAGGGGAAACUUCAGAUAAAGUUAAAGAAGAAUCAGGAAAAGUAAUUAAGAAAAUUAACGAAAUAAUCAAACCUGAUAAAACAAUUAGUGAUAUCAUAUCCAUUCCAGGGCGCGAAGAUAUUUAUAAACCAGAAUUAAAACCCGGUUUAAGUUUAUAUGUAGAAUUAGAUUAUAACAAAGAGUACCUAUUAUUAGAAAACCUUCAUGCCACGAUUGAUCCUAGUUAUGAUUCAACGAAAAUAAAAGUCUCAUUAUUCAUGGGCCUUGAUAAAUUAUCUAAUUGUGAAUUCAAAGCUAUAAUUAAUAAUUUGAAAUUAUUUGGUGGAUUAAGUUUUGAAGAUAUUAAAUUUUCUUACAAACCAGUUACUUCAAUACCUGAAAUAAAUAUUUAUGGAAAGUUGAAUUUUAAAAAGUUACUCGAUGCAGAAUUUAUGAUCGAAGGAACUUUGAGUAUAAAAGAAAAAGAAUCAUCCUUUGAGGCGAAAUCAAUAUCACGACCAAUAAAAAAUCCAUUUGAAAAAAUGAAAGGAAUAACUCUUGAAGAAAUAAUAUUCACCAUGAAAUUCGAAUAUGAAGAUAAUAAUAAAGAUACUAAAGAUAAUCAAGAUACCAACAACACUAAGAAUAAAAUUGGUAGAAAGAUACAAAAAAGCACAUUUGAAUUAAGUGGCAAGAUUAAAUUUCAUUACAAUGAUUCUGAAAUUAUUUUGUUUGGAGGCAUUUUAUUUGUAAAUGGGACUCCGCGUGUUUGCCAAGUGACUAUUAAUCAAGAGAUCGGUAUAAUGCAUUUAUUGAAAACUAUAUUUAUUAAAGGAAACUAUGAAUGGCCAAAAAAUUAUCCGGACAUUGUUUUUUAUGAUGGAGAAUUAUAUUAUGCUAAGGAUAAAACAGAGAUUGGUAAAAAAGUUUAUACUAAAGGAUUCAAUGCGAAUGCACAUAUAGACUUUUUUGGAAUUGAAAAACUUUUUGUAACUGUUAAAAUUACUGAUGGAAUGACAAUUGAAGUAACUGAUAACGAAAAAAAUGCUGAAAUAAAUUUGGGAUUUGUCAAGUUUUUUGAUUACACAUUAUUAAUACAGUCAAGUGCUAAUCAACAUAGUAUUGGCAUGAAUGGUUCGAUAAAAUUGUUUGAAAGUUAUUUUGCAAAAUUUGAAUUUGAGUACAAUGAAUCGAAAAAACGAUUAAGCGGAGUUAUUUCAGAUAUCUUUGGAAAUAAAGAACCAAAAAUAAAAGGAUAUUGGUCUAAAAAAGAUAAAUUCGUUAUCACCGAAUGGCCUUAUGAAUUAGAUUGGGAAACUAAUAAAUUUGCCAAGUUUAUUGAAGAGGCAUCAAAGAUCAACUCAAAAUGUAAAAUUUUGGAUCUUGUACUUAAAGAAACCUUUAAAGGAAAUUUUACUAUAUCAAUAAAUAACUUUAAAGCUCAAGAAAAAGCUGUUUCAUUUGAUGUUGAUGGUGCUUAUUCUAUAAAUAUAAAAGCUCCGUACAAUAAUUCAACAAAAUCUACAAAUAUUAAAGAUAUUAAGAUAUUUACUUUCAAAGUAAAGAUUGAUUAUCCAACAGCAGAUAACGACCUUAAAGAUAUAGCUGGAUAUUUAUUAAAAUGUUUGAAAGAUAACACUGCAGAAUUUUUAAAAGGUUUAUUGAAAGACCCUGAUAAAUUCGCAAUGUUUAUAGAUGCUUUGGCAAUUGCUACUUUGGAACAAUUAGGUGAAUCUGCAAUAAAGGGAUUUGGAUGUAUAGCUGGCGAUAAAAUAAAGAACUCAAGAGAUAAAUUAAAAAAACGUACUAAUGAUAUAGUAGAUAGAAACAGGCCUAAACAAGAGCUUUUAGAAAGUGAAAUAGAAGCAAUUGAAGGAGCAAAAAUAUUAAGUGAUGCGAUGUCUAAAAUUAGUCCUUCACUUUUGCUAAUUGGAGAAUGGAUUGUAUUUCUUGAAUGGGCUAUUCUUUUUUUGGAAUCUGUUGGCGUAAAAAAAAUCUUUGAUGGUGAUGAAUCAGAAUUAAAAAAAGUUAAAGCGAUAAAAGAAAAAAUCAAAAGAUACGAAGAAAGAAUAAAAAAGGUUAUAGAAAAAUUUUUAUUCUUGGAUAGUUCAACUAUCGAAUUGGAAAAUAACAAAUUGAUGAAAUGUUUUGAUGUUAUUGUCACAAUCACUGCAAAACUUUUAUAUAAGGAUAAUAAAAGCUAUGCAGGAUUGGAAUCAAAAGUAACAAUAGGUCAUAGCAGAACACUAUUACCUCCGCUUACAUUAACACCAAAAUAUAAUCCAAAUGAUAAAACUCUUACGAUCGAUAUUAAAUCUUCAGAUCCUGAUAUCAAACAGUAUUUCUGCGAAUUGACUAAUAAGGACCAUCAAUCAGUAAACAGUAAAAAAAUCGACGUAAACACACCAAGGAUAAUAAAUACCGAAAAAGAGUUGAUUGAUGCCCCAGGUGGUGAAUACACAGUGCGCACAAAAGCGAUAGCAGAAGGCUGGAGGGAUAGUAAAUUCGUACAUGCUGAAGAAACAGUAUCACAACUCUUACCUCCUAAAGUAAUUUCUCUUGAAUAUCAACCAAACACUGAUCAUUUACACAUAUUCGAAAAAGAUGAAAAUGAUAUAAAACAAGUUUCUGGAUAUUAUUGUCAAGUGAUUCAAGUGAUAGAUGGCACAGAAAAAAUAGAAAUAAGAUAUAGUAAUAAUAACAUAAGAAUAUCAUGGAAAAAUGUUAAAAAUGCAAAUAGUUAUCAAGUCGCAUUAUAUAUUUGUGGAGAUCGCAUAAAAACAUUUUGCGAACAAUCAACUACCUUUACUAUUAAAAAUAAUGAAAUUGAUAAACUUGAAGAAGAAAUUAAACCAAUACUGAUGAAAUCAAAAAUAUUGAAAUAUUCAUUUUCACUUCAAGCAAUUAAUGGUAAUUCUAUAGAAACAUUGAAUGGACAAGAAACAUCUGUUGAAAAAUGCUUUACCCAGCUUCCAAAACCUACCAAUCUUAAUAUUGAGGUCAUUAAUAAUCGUAAAACGAUUCUUAUUACCUUUGUUUCCAUUGACAAAGAUCAAUUAAACAAUUUAAAAGGAUAUUCUGUUGGAUUAUAUAACACUAAAACAAAUAAACAACAUGUUAAAAUGGUCCCUUCAAAUUCAUACAAAUUUGAGACUAAUGAAAUUAACCAUAUAUUUGAAGAAAAUGUAGCUUGUCAAGUACGAGUGCACUCUAUUUCAUCAAGAGUAGAUGAAGUGAUAAAUAGUUUUCCAGCAAUAUCAAAUGAUAUAUUAAAACUUUUACCAGAACCAAAAGAUUUAGAAAUUUCAUAUGAGGAAGGAGUUAUUUAUGUAUAUUGUGCUACUGAACAAAAUCCUGAUAUAAAAGAUGAUAUAAAAUAUUAUUGGCUUCAAAUAAAUAGUACAAAAAAUUCCCAAGAAAAAAAAAUUGAAUACAAUGGUUUAUUGAAAAUUAAAGAAAAAUUUUCUAAUGACUUGAUUAACUCAUCUGAUGGUGCUGAAAUUCAAAUUUAUGCAUCUGCAAAGUUAAUAGGACAUAACUUGAUAUUAGACAGCAAAAUUAAAUCUUCGAAUUCUUAUCUUUUGCAGUAUGCUGCGCCUCGAAAGGUUAAGCACAAUAACAAUAAUAAUAGUAUUAAUGUAAUAUACAAUGCACCAAACAAAGGUAGUUAUGAGAUUCAAGUUAUAAGUAGAGAUAAUGAUUAUAGUGAUGAAAAUGUAAUAACGUCUGUCGAGAUAGAUAGCGAGGAGGGAGAAAGAAAAGUAAAAAUUACGCCUGUUGAUUUUAACUGUAAAAAGUACACAUCACGUGUAAGACAGAUUUUGAAAGAUGAAGAUAAUCCAAAAAAGCGCAUUCAAAGUAUUUGGAAAUAUUCUGAAAAUAAACCAGAAAAUUAUCCUAUAGUUCAAUAG